CGCUUUCAACUUUCCUUCACCGUUUCUUUGGUACUUUCUCUAUCCUUGAACUGAAAUCAUCGAUGGCGCCGAGGGCAGAGAAGAAGCCAGCAGAGAAGAAGCCAGCCUCCGAUAAAGAGGAGAAGAAAGUUGCAGAGAAGGCCCCUGCCGAGAAGAAGCCCAAGGCCGAGAAACGCCUCCCUUCAAAAGAGGGAGGAGCUUCAGAUAAGAAGAAGAAGAGGUCAAAGAAGAGCAUCGAGACCUACAAGAUCUACAUCUUCAAGGUCCUGAAGCAGGUUCAUCCUGAUAUUGGCAUCUCCUCUAAGGCCAUGGGCAUCAUGAAUAGCUUCAUCAAUGACAUUUUCGAGAAGCUCGCCCAGGAGUCCUCGAAGCUUGCUCGCUACAACAAGAAGCCCACCAUCACUUCGAGGGAGAUCCAGACCUCUGUGCGUUUGGUUCUUCCUGGUGAGCUUGCUAAGCAUGCAGUUUCAGAGGGGACCAAGGCUGUCACCAAAUUCACCACUGAGAAGAAGCCCGCUGAGAAGAAAGUUGCAGAGAAAGCCCCCGCUGAGAAGAAGCCCAAGGCCGAGAAACACCUUCCUUCGAAAGAGGGAGGAGCUUCCGAUAAGAAGAAGAAGAGGUCAAAGAAGAGCAUCGAGACCUACAAGAUCUACAUCUUCAAGGUCUUGAAGCAGGUUCACCCUGAUAUCGGUAUCUCCUCUAAGGCCAUGGGCAUCAUGAACAGUUUCAUCAAUGACAUUUUUGAGAAGCUAGCUCAGGAGGCCUCGAAGCUUGCUCGAUACAACAAAAAGCCCACCAUCACUUCUAGGGAGAUUCAGACCUCUGUGCGUUUGGUUCUUCCUGGUGAGCUUGCUAAGCAUGCAGUUUCAGAGGGUACCAAGUCUGUCACCAAGUUCACCAGCUCUUGAAUGUAUAGCUUGAAUUUGAAUUCUAGGGUUUCUCUGUCUCUAGGUUUCUUUUUUGGGUUCAUGAUAUGGCGUUUCUAGGGUUUGUUUAGUUCAUCACUGAUCUAUCCUUGAAGAUCAAAGUUUUUCAUUUAAUUGAUGGAAUGUAAAGUAGUAAUGGCACAUUUUGGGAAUUAUAAUGAUGAUCAGUGAAUUUCUUUCUUA